AUGCCACAAAUUAUUAACCAUCCAAUUUUUCAAAUUGACAUGAAAUUUUUGAAAACGAUUGAUCAAAAAAGGGUGAGGCACGUUUCAUAUAGAAAAAAUGAACUCCCAUCAAAGGAAAUCGAUAUGUUAUUUAUGUACAGGAUCAUUCAAAGCGAAGGUGGUAACAUCAAGAAGAUUAAUGGGAAGGAGUUCUUUGAGACCUUAAGAACCUCACAUCCAAGAACAAGAAUUUUUCUCGUUCCAUCAUAUUAUCAUUCAAUUUACAAGGAAUAUUUGUCUCCAGAAGAAAAAGUCGUGGAGUUGUAUUUCAAAGAUGAAUAUAUCCACCUUACAAAAGCCUAUUUCUUUAUGGUGGGAACAGCCGUUGUGAUUGGUCUGGAAAGGGGUGCUUUCGACACGGGUGCCGCUAGUGAGCUUGUAUCUGAAUUCGCUCGUCUUAACCCAGAUGCUGCUGAUACUGAGUGGUAUUUAAAUCAGUCUGUUCGAAUACUCACCGGGUUUUUCGAGAAAGUAAUCCUAGAUUGGAAAGACCAGUAUAGGCCAGACAACAGAAAGACUGAUCAGGAAAUCCGUGAAGAAAUUAAUCGCUUGAACGAAGUCGCUAAAUUACUGGACAUGGUCCCAGAGAUUAUUGCCAGCAAUUUAGAAAUUGCAAAAGGGAUGCAGCAGCAGGAUUUUGACGAAAUGAAGAAGGACGUUAAUAAAGAGACCAUAGUGGCAAAGAAAAAAAUAUAUAAAUGUAAAAUUACCCUUCUUCGUCGGAUAUACCCAAGGCUGUCAUUAGAGUUAUUUGGAGAGUUAGUGGCACUGAUGCAAGCGGUUGUGAAGCUGUUUACUCUGGUGCUGACAGCUGUCCUUGAAUUGAAAACCAGUACUAAACUACGAAAUUCGUUAUUUUGGUGA